GUUUCAUUUUUGAUGUCAUAAUUUAUGUAACUUUGGAGUUGACAGUUUUGUUAUCGUGGCAUGUUUCAAAGUCAUUUUUUUUUCACUUUGAUGUGUAGUCUUGUUAAUUUAGAUCCUUUUAGUUUUAGACAGUCACAUAAAUAGAGGUUUUCAAGAUGUCUGCGCCCAUGCUAGAAACGAUUUCAACAACGAUUGGCAAUAUUUUUGCUUCUAAAUAGGUAGUGUCAUCAACUGACAUUGUCAGUGAUUACAAAAUAAAGUAAUACUAGUCACUAAUAAAACAUUACUUUUGGAAAAUGUCGCUCUACAUGAGUGAAAUAUUUGAAAAACUUUAUCUUGGAGGCGUUGAAGCCGCCUUGGAUACAUCGACUUUGAAGACGUGUGGAAUUACACAUAUUUUGACUAUUGACGACAGACCUUUAAGUCAGGAAACCACCAAUGGCUUCAUUUCAAAGUAUGUCCAUGGACUAGACCUGCCAGAUACGGACUUAUUAACACAUAUGGACGACUGUAAUCAGUUUAUCGAAGAAGGGAGAGAUCAUGGCGGAGUUUUGGUUCACUGUCUUGUUGGAGCAUCACGAAGUGCAACAAUGGUGAUAGCAUACACAAUGUCUAAGAACAAAAUGCAACAAGAGGAAGCAGUAAACUUGGUGAAGCAAAAGAGACCUAUUGUUAAAGUGAACUGUGGUUUCCAAGAGCAACUUAAACUGUAUGAAGACAUGGGUUGUUGUGUGGACAAGACAUCGAGUAUAUUCCGUCAGUACAAGCUCGGUAAACUGGCUGCUAGAGUACAAGCAGGAGUGUACAAGGGUCCUCUUCUUGAUGAGCUGAUGUCAGAGGACACUAAAGGUGACACUGUUUUCAAAUGUAAGAAAUGCAGAUUAGCUUUAUUUAAAGAUGGUGCACUUCUGCAUCACAAAACUGGGCAGGGAGAAUCAGCAUUUGACUGGCGUGGCAAAAUGGCCGCCAAUGAGAAAAUUGCGAACGAGACUGAGAAGAAAGAGACCUGCAAGAAGUCACUAUUCAUUGAACCAGUCAAGUGGAUGAAACAUUGUACGGAAACAAUGGAUGGAAAGCUUUCCUGUCCCAAAUGUUCAGCAAAGAUUGGAUCAUUCAUAUGGUAUGGUGAACGAUGUCCUUGUGGAUCAUGGGUAGCACCAGCAUUUCACAUUCAGAGUUCCAAGGUUGACGAAUGCAGAAGAAAUUCCACAGUCACUGUACCUGCUGCUGUGAACUCCAGGAAUACGGUCCUUCCAGUGAUGACAGAGGCUGGUCCAAGUGGAAGUGUUCUUUUAGUCGACUCUGAACUGACAUGACUCCACCAAUAUCUUCUUUCAUCAGCCACUUGUACUUGAUGACAAAUAAAAGGUUUUCAUUCAA